UUUCCUCGCCGGAGCUCCGUCUGCAUCAACCACGGUGGUGGUUUCCUGCCCCUGCGACGAUCAACAAGCUACUUUCAGCUGUCGCCGCAUCACACCUGCAACCAUUACAGCUAUGGCAGAUAAGUUAACUAGUUCACUUGCACCUCUCUGUAACUAUAGUGGUUCUGUGGAGUGUCUUACUGAUGACCUCAACAUUGCCUUGUCUGUUGCCAUUGAUUCAGUUGCUCCGCACGUAACUAAAAAACGAACAUUGAAAAAACCAGCUCCUUGGUUUAAUGCAGAAACGCGCAUUUUGAAACGAAACUGCAGGAUCCUUGAACGUAAAUGGCGCUCGGCUAAACUUGAGGUCUUUCAUCUUGCUUGGCAUAAUAGUCUGAUCACCUAUAAGGGUGCGCUGACUAUUGCCAGGAACGCCUACUAUUCUAGUAUCAUUAAUUUGAAUAGAAAUAAUCCUAAGUUUCUUUUUGACACGGUGAGGAGUCUCACUCAGAAACAGAAUCAGACCGUAGGCUCCUCGAUCGUGGCAGGUGAAUUCAUGGAUUUCUUUGAGAAUAAGAUUCAAUCAAUUAGAGAGGAAAUUGAUGCUUGCCGUGCGGCUAAUCCUACACAUCCUGUGGGGCAGGAUGGGGUUCUCCCAAGUAGGAUGGUGAACUCUGACGCAACUCUUUUGGAGUUUAAGGCAAUUUCUUUGGUGGAACUUGAAAGGGUGAUAAAGGCCUCAAAGCCAACAACUUGUAAGUUGGAUCCUCUCCCUUCCAGGGUUCUUAAGGAACUUCUUCCAACGGUGGGGCCUGUUAUCCUCUCGCUUAUGAAUCUUUCGUUUUCAACGGGAAUUGUUCCCUCCAAUUUCAAGGCUGCGGUGUUAAAACCGCUACUCAAAAAGCCUGGCCUAGAUCCUGAAUUAAUCAGGAACUAUCGGCCUAUAUCGAAUCUGCCCUUCCUGUCCAAGGUACAGGAAAGGAUUGUAGCGAAGCAAAUUGUUGAUUAUCUGACCAGGAAUAAUCUCUUCGAACCUUUCCAGUCGGGGUACGGCUCUUGGUUGGCUUGAAUCGUACCUCACUGAUAGAACCCAAUUUGUGCUUCAUGAGGGUGCAGAAUCAAAGCGCGGUAAAUUGCGCUUUGGCGUACCACAAGGGUCGGU